AUGGAGAAGAAGGCCUCAACAGACGUCAAGCCCGUCCUGGUAGAUGCCAGUUCCGGCACCAUGCUACCUUACCGCCAGACCCAGCGCGGUCUAGCGUCACGCCAUGUGCAGCUGAUGGCAAUUGGGGGCUCGAUUGGAACAGGACUCUUCGUCGGCAUUGGAUCGUAUCUACGCGAUGCAGGGCCGCUGUCGUUGUUCCUGGGGUAUAUCGUCUGGGGAUGUAUGUUCAUCUUGCCAGUCAACCUGAGUAUCGGAGAGAUGUGUGCCUAUCUACCAAUCCGAGGGUCCAUAUUCGAAUUGGCUGCGCGAUUUGUUGAUCCGGCCUUUGGCUUUGCCAUGGGCUGGGUGUACUUCUACGGUGGGGUGAUGCUCGUCUGUACCGAAUAUGCCGCCGUUGCAACCGUGAUGCAGUAUUGGAAUACCAGCGUGAGCCCCGCAGUAUGGGUGGCCAUGGCUCUAGUCGUCUGCUCUUUACUCAAUUUCGUCGCGGUGAAGUACUACGGCGAAAGCGAGUUUAUCAUGGCAUCGACGAAGAUCCUGCUCCUUAUCGGACUGGUUCUCCUCACUUUCAUCACGAUGGUGGGUGGGAAUCCUAAGCAUGACGUCUAUGGAUUCCGCAAUUGGACCCAUGGCGUGAUGUUCGAAUACUAUACCGACGGCGUGACGGGACGGUUCCUGGGAUUCUUCUCUGUCAUGGUCUAUGCGGCAUUCUCCGUCGCGGGACCUGAUCUACCAGCUCUGGCGGCUGGUGAGAUCCAGAAUCCACGAUACACGAUCCCCCGUGUUGUCAAAAUGACUUUCUGGCGUAUCGUCGGAUUCUACGUGGUUGGUGUCCUGGCCGUGAGUAUAAUCUGCAGCCCACGGGACCCUCGUCUGAUGUCUGCUAUCGAUGACGCUGCCGCCGGAUCGGCCGCCUCGCCGUGGGUGAUUGGUAUCGAGAAUCUCGGUAUCCAUGGUCUUCCUGACUUGAUCAACUUACUCAUAUUGUUGUCUGGCUGGUCAUGUGGAAAUGCCUAUCUCUACAGCUCCAGUCGGACUCUGUACUCCCUAGCUCGAGAUGGCCAAGCCCCCAAGUUCCUGUUGAAGUGUACCGCGUCAGGUAUCCCCAUCUACUGCGUACUAACGGUAUCGCUCUUGUCCUGCAUCACCUUCCUCGUUGCAGACACAUCUUCCGUGACGGUAUUCUACUGGUUCGUCGAUCUGACUACCAUUGCCUUCGUUCUCACUUAUACGGGCAUGCUCUGCGUGUUUAUUGGCUGGUAUCGCGCACUGAAAGCACAGGGAAUCGACCGCAAACAGUUCGUCCCAUGGGCUUCCCCCUUCCAACCAUAUAUGUCCAGCAUUGCUAUUGUCAUCGGAUGCACGACGGCUCUGUUCAACGGAUUUUCCGUGUUCAAGCCUUUCACCAUCGAGGGAUUUGUGACUUCUUAUUUCGGCCUAGCGUUUUGGGUAGUCAUGUUCACCUUCUGGAAGGUGUUUCACCGGACCAAGUUUGUGAACCCGGCCGAAGCAGACCUGUAUUCUGGGAAAGCAGAGGUCGACGAGGAAUGUAAGAUCUGGGAAGAUGGAGCAUACGAGGAAAGACGCAAGGUUAAACUGGCGCAGAUGAACUGGGCGCGUCGUGUAUGGGAGAAAAUGUGGUAA